CAGACGCACACUCUACUUACAAAUUUCUCUCUCUCCUUCCAUCCCUACGCUCACUCAUUUUUCUCUCUGACUCUGACAAACUAUGGUACAAUCAAAGAAGUUCAGAGGUGUCAGGCAACGCCACUGGGGCUCCUGGGUUUCUGAGAUUCGUCAUCCAUUACUGAAAAGGAGGGUGUGGCUUGGGACAUUUGAGAGUGCAGAAGAGGCAGCACGAGCCUACGACGAGGCUGCGAUUCUGAUGAGCGGUCGAAAUGCCAAAACAAACUUUCCAGUCACUACAAAUGAAAUUGCAGCUGCUAGUAAGGAUCCUAUCAACAAGAGCAACUCCAAUAGUCCUUCUUCUUCACUUUCUGCAAUCCUCAGCGCCAAGCUUCGCAAGUGUUGCAAGUCUCCCUCUCCUUCCCUCACUUGCCUCAGGCUCGACACUGAGAAUUCUCAUAUUGGCGUUUGGCAAAAGCGUGCCGGGCCACGUUCAGAUUCGAAUUGGUUGAUGAUGGUGGAACUGGGACAGAAGAGUGAUUUAAAAGAGGAGAAGGAGGAGAGUACUAGCGCCCCUGAAUUACCCGAUGGACACGAAACGGAAGGAGUACACGGUGGGGAUGAUAGAUUGCACGAGGAGGAAAGGAUUGCAUUGCAGAUGAUAGAGGAACUUCUCAAUAGAAAUUAAUCACUUGGUAUUUUAUUUUUUGCGGUUCCGAUGGAUGAUACGGAAUGAAGGUAAAUGUUUUAUCGUGAUCUUUAAACUUCUCUGUCACUCGAGCUAGCUACAAAUCUAUCGUAAUAUUUAAAAUUAGGUAAUCGUACGUAUAGGAGUCCUAGUCAAGUAUCAACAUCACAUGGAGGUUGUUCAUACCACCAAAUUGUAUGACGAAUUUCCAUGUGCUUAGUAUUAUCAAUGCAUUGUCUAAAUAUGUAUGGUUGGAGGAUUUGUUUCUUUGUGUGCAUAAGGAAGGUGGAUUCUCAAUCAAGCACACCCUCCAUGUAAUGUGUCACUAAAAUAUUUGCUUGGUUAGGAAAAAAAAAAUAAGAAGAAGAAGGGGGCUAGUACUGUUUUAUGCAGUGA